GGCUCUACACUUCCGCUUCCGGUUACCUUCUCACCCCAAGAUGGCGGCGCCCGUGGGACCGGUGAAGUUUUGGAAGCCGGGCACAGAAGGUCCUGGCGUCAGCGUCUCGGAGGAGAGGCAGAGCCCUGCAGAGAGCAGUGGUGUAACAGUCAUCUAUAAUCCUUAUGCUUCUCUGUCUAUUGAACAACAAAGACAAAAGCUGCCCGUUUUUAAGCUAAGAAAUCACAUACUUUAUCUAGUGGAGAGCUAUCAGACUCUGGUGAUUGUUGGAGAAACAGGAUGUGGGAAGUCAACGCAAAUUCCACAGUACCUAGCAGAAGCUGGCUGGACAGCUGAAGGAAGAGUGGUUGGGGUGACACAGCCUCGUCGAGUUGCUGCUGUUUCAGUUGCAGGCCGAGUUGCUGAUGAAAGGGGUGCAGUGUUGGGUCAUGAAGUUGGAUAUUGCAUUCGUUUUGAUGACUGCACGGAUCCACAGGCUACAAGAAUUAAGUUCCUAACCGAUGGUAUGCUGGUAAGGGAGAUGAUGGCUGAUCCUCUGUUAACAAGAUACAGUGUUCUCAUGCUGGAUGAAGCCCAUGAAAGGACUCUUUAUACAGAUAUUGCCAUUGGAUUACUAAAAAAGAUUCAAAAGAAGCGUGGAGAUCUUCGACUGAUUGUGGCUUCAGCCACCUUGGAUGCAGAGAAAUUCAAGGAUUUCUUCAACCAAAACGAUACCAGUGACCCCAGCAAAGAUACCAGUGUGAUCCUUACUGUGGAGGGGAGGACGUUUCCAGUUGACAUCUUUUACAUACAGAGUCCUGUUCCUGAUUAUAUAAAAUCAACUGUGGAAACUGCAAUGAAAAUUCACCAGAUGGAGAAUGAUGGUGAUAUACUGGCAUUUUUGACUGGCCAGGAGGAAGUGGAGACUGUAGUUUCUAUGCUUAUAGAACAGGCUCGGGCCCUUUCUCGCACUGGAAUGAAAAAGCACCUCCGUGUUCUCCCCAUGUAUGCUGGGCUGCCUUCUCCUGAUCAGAUGAAAGUAUUUGAGAGAGUUUCUCGCAGUGUCAGGAAGGUGAUAGUAGCCACCAAUGUUGCUGAGACUUCUAUCACCAUCCAUGGCAUUGCGUAUGUAAUCGAUUGUGGUUUUGUGAAGCUUCGAGCCUAUAAUCCCAAAACAGCCAUUGAAUGCCUUGUGGUGGUACCAGUGUCCAAGGCUUCAGCUAACCAGAGAGCAGGACGUGCAGGCCGGAACCGCUCUGGGAAGUGUUACAGGCUCUAUACAGAGGAAGACUUUGAGAAGUUGCCCAAGUCCACUGUUCCUGAGAUGCAGCGCAGCAACCUUGCACCUGUCAUCUUGCAGCUGAAGGCUCUGGGAAUUGACAACGUGCUCAGGUUCCCCUUCCUUUCGCCACCUCCUGCACAGUCUAUGGUACAAGCUUUAGAAUUACUGUAUGCUUUAGGAGGUUUGGAUAUGCACUGCCGUUUAACUGAGCCCCUGGGAAUGAGAAUAGCAGAGUUUCCUCUGAAUCCGAUGUUUGCAAAGAUGCUUCUGGAAUCAGGAAAUUUUGGCUGCUCCCAGGAGAUUUUAACAAUUGCUGCAAUGAUGCAGAUUCAGAACAUCUUUUUGAUCCCGCCGAAUCAAAAAUCUCAAGCUGCCAGGCAACACAGAAAGUUUGCUGUGGAGGAAGGAGAUCAUCUCACUAUGCUUAAUGUUUAUGAAGCCUUUGUCAAACACAGCAAAAGCUCUCAGUGGUGUCAGGAACACUUUCUGAACUACAAAGGACUUGUUAGAGCUUCUGUUGUAAGGGAGCAGCUCAAAAAGCUUCUUGUACGCUUUAAAGUGCCAAAGAAGUCCAGUGAAGGUGAUCCAGAUCCUGUUCUAAGAUGCAUAGUUUCUGGAUUCUUUGCUAACGCAGCUAAAUUCCACUCUACUGGAGCUUACAGGACUAUCCGUGAUGACCAUGAACUUCAUAUCCACCCUACUUCAGUACUGUAUGCAGAGAAACCUCCACGCUGGGUAGUGUACAACGAAGUCAUACAGACCGCCAAGUACUACAUGAGAGAUGUGACUGCCAUUGAAUCUGCAUGGCUCGUGGAGCUGGCACCUCAUUUUUACCAGCAAGGAACGGUACGGAAUCGGCAUAAAGCCCAAACGGAAGAAGAAAGAAAAGUGUACAAAAACCUGAAGGGAGGACAGAAAGAGGACUGAGUGAGGCUCUUUUCGGUUGUCCCCAGUGCCAGCAUGAAAGGCAGCAGCAUCUCUCCUUGAAGGCCAAAAGGGCUAAAGUAGACGACCACUGAUUUGAUGUGACUUAAGCCUUGUGAUGGCAGACGCUGAAUCUACCAGUGAUUUGGAGCUGGCUACAGUCCACCCAGCAGCCAGUUCAUUGCCAACGUGAUCUUACAUCAACUUAAAUGUUAAAUGCCUGCCAGGACCUGUAGGGAUUUGUGCAUGACCAGUACACUAUAAACCUAUGUAGAGCUUGCAUUGCAGACAUUUUAUUCUUUGCCUAAUUGACCACUGUUGUUAAUCUAGGCAUGUUGCUCCUUUUAAAUAGAUAGACAAAAAAAAAAAAAGAGGACAUGCAGGACCACAAAAAAAGGAAAAGAUAAAAAAAAAAAUCCUUCAAGAGGGAAAUGGAUUUCCUGGAGUGAUGUCUGCCUUAUGAGAGUGGGGAAUAGGGUACCCUGCCUCCUGUUACCUAGAGCACUGUGACUACUGCCAGCCAAACUGAGGCUGACUCCUGACAGCAGGUAGCUCAGGGCAAUGAACCACCCUUGAAAUGCAAGGGACUGCCAUGGAAACAUUGCUUUCAUGUUGGACCAUAGCAAAGUGGUGCAGCUUGUGCUCCCAAGCAGUAAAAGUCUCUUGCCUGAUGCUGAGCUGCCUCUUGCUCCCUGUCUUUCAAUAAGUAUAACGUCUCAAUUCCAUACAGUAAUAUUUGAGAGCCCUUGUCUGGGGAAGGGGAGGGAGAGUAGCUCAACCUUUUUGAGAGGAUUAGCUUUUUUCCUCAAUCAGGGGAAAUCACACAUGUUCACAGUUACUCAAAUUCACUGCUGAGACUUUACUCUUUUUCUCUCCCUUGAUAAGAAAAGCUGUUAACCUCUCAUUGCUUGGAAACCAGAGAGCACUGGUUUUGGCCUCUUGUUCAGCAGAGAUGAAAAUAUUCUUCUUAGGAAAGUAUAAAACCACAGUCCUCUGUAUUUUUUCUAAUGAAGAAUUUGUCCCUUGCUGCUUGGGACCACAUGUGUUUCUGUAAGAGAAGAAUGCUCUGAACAUUUGCUUCUUUAAUCGGGAUUCCAUGGCUACUUUUCAGUAAAGAGCUGUAUUUUAGUGUGUUUCAACAAGACAGCAUGUAUACAUAUAUUUAUUUUUUUCUAUCAAUAUUUAUUUUAGAAACAUGUCUAAAAACUUUAUUUUUGUAAAGCAGUUGAUUUGAUGAAUGCUUUUGACAUGUUAGCCAUGAUCUUUUUUAAUUAAGAAAAAAGAGACUGAAGUAUGUAAAUAGACACAAAUUACAUAAAGUGAAAUGCCUCCUUUAUUACAGGACUGCCUUGGAAACUCUCCUGGAUUUUUCUUUAUGUUCUCCUGUCCAACCACUGCAGAAAGCAUGUUCCAUCAUGUGCAGUGUGCAGUGCCUCCAUGAUGGCCAGCACAGAAAGAUGUACUGGUCCCCGUGGAUGGCACCAGCAGCAUUACAAACAACAUCACCUUCUUUGUCAUUUUCACUGUGAGCCUCACCUUUGUAUUACUCUCUUUUAGAAUGGAAGCUCUUUGGGGCAGGGACUGUCUCCCAACCAGAGCUGAGAGCACUGUUGGCGCUUACUAAAAAGAUUCAAUUUACAGUUUUUUGUUAUUUUUCUUUUCUCUUAAAGGCUCAGAGAAAGAACUGAAUACGAAGACUUUUAAAACGUCUGUGUCCCUCCGUCCUCUGGAAAUAUUUUUAAGAAAAAUAAAGGCAUUGAAUCAAGGAAGCUUGAGAGUGCCUCACUUCAGCAAGACUAGAG